CAAGUUAGUCAAUCCCAACUCUUCUUCCCUUUAUCUACCAUUAUUUUUCUUCCAUUCUUCAUUAAUUCUUACACACACUCAUCUAAAAUAUUCAUUUUUUUGGUUGUUAAUUGAAAAGUUGGGAAUCAGAAUAAGAACUAAGCUGAAAAGAUGAAGAUACAAACAAUCCCUUUCACUAAAACUUCAUCAUUAGUUCCUUUACUACUAGUGUCAAUGGUGGCUCUUUUGCUUCCAGAAUCCAACGCCUUCCCGCGAUCCCAAACCAUCAAAAUGAUCUGCAGAGACCAGCUGGUGCGCAACGCAACAGUCUCUAUCCAAUCUUUCGUCGCGACAAUGGGAAACCUCAGCGACCAAAUGAGAGCCAAAGGGUGGGGCGCGUCCUCCAUGAUCAAAACCAGAGCUGAAGACGACUCUCUCUAUGGGCUCGCGCAAUGCCACGGCGAUCUCUCCCCAGUCGACUGCCUCUUGUGCUAUGCCGAAGCGCGCACCGUUUUGCCUCAGUGCUUCCCCCACAAUGGGGGAAGAAUCUAUCUCGACGGGUGCUUCAUCCGGGCUGAGGUCUAUAACUUCUUCCAAGAAAGUCUCGGACCGGAAGACUCCCACAUUUGUGGAAAGAAAAAAAGGAAGGGGUUUUUGUUCCAAGAGGGAACGAAGAAGGCGGUGUUGAAGGCGGUUUUGGUCGCGCCGGGUAACGACGGGUAUGCCCGCGUUGAAUCGUCGGUUUAUGGGAGGCGCGGCGUGGAGGAGGCAGCAUAUGUGCUGGCAGAAUGCUGGAAGACUUUGAAUGCCAGUGCUUGUAAAGCUUGUUUGGGGAGUGCUUCUAGAUCCAUGUUGAAAUGUCUGCCAUGGUCAGAGGGUCGUGCGUUGUACGCCGGAUGCUUCAUGAGAUACUCCCACACCAACUUUCUCAAUCCUGUUCCAGUAGCUUCUGAAAGACCAUCAAGAGUGAAUGCUAUAUCCUCUGUAGUGGCAACACUGUGUUCUGUGAUUGUGGUUGUUAUGGGAGUUAUCAUUGUCCUUCACACUUUGAAACAGAAAAGAACACAGAAGAAAAGAGAAGGUGCAAAUGAUGCCAAGAAACUAGUGAAGACCCUUCAUGACACCAGCUUGAACAUCAAAUAUUCCACUCUCAAAAAAGCCACAGGGUCAUUUGAUGAAGCCAACAAGCUAGGGGAAGGGGGUUCUAAACAUGAUGGUUUCAUAACAAAGGGAGUUUUGGUAGAUGGUAGAGAGGUAGCAGUCAAAAGACUCUUCUUUAAUAACAGACAUCGGGCCGCAGAUUUCUACAAUGAAGUUAACAUCAUAAGCUGGAUUGAGCACAAAAAUCUUGUCAAGUUGUUGGGUUGCAGCUGUUCUGGCCCCGAAAGCCUUCUUGUCUACGAGCUUUUGCCAAACCAGAGUCUUGAUAGGUUCAUUUUUGAUAAGAACAAAGGCAGAUGUCUAAACUGGGAAAAAAGAUUCAACAUAAUUAUAGGAGUCGCAGAAGGGUUGGCAUACCUCCACGAGAACUCAAAGGCGCGCAUCAUUCAUAGAGAUAUCAAGGCUAGCAACAUCCUGCUGGACUCAGACUUCCAUGCAAAAAUUGCAGAUUUCGGACUAGCUAGAUCUUUUGAGAAAGAUGAGAGUCACAUAAGUACAGCUAUUGCAGGAACAUUGUUAGCCACUACAAAUACUAUUUCAAUAAUGAGGUUUCAAAUUCGAUUCAAUGCUUCAUUUUUCUCACUGUUUUUUUGUUUUUGCAGGGGAUACAUGGCUCCGGAGUACUUAUCAAACGGACGACUAACAGAAACUAUAGAUGUUUAUAGCUUCGGAGUGCUAUUGUUGGAAAUUGUCAUGGGAAAGCAAAACUAUAAGAGCAAAAAUGCAGAACACUUCGACUGUGUGGUGCAUAUAGUAUGCUCUAACUCUAACACCUUGCAUCUAAAUUACUCUGUACUUUACAAGUGAGAUUCUUUUGACACAUCUCAUGGGUGUCAUUACAUGACACACGGGCCAUUUGAGGGUCCUACAAUCCCCCCCCCCUACUGUGGCAUAACGGCAAAUCCAGGGGGUU